AUGCACCACCACAUCGUGGGCCUCGAAGAGAUCCAUACCCCCUACCCCACCCCCUCCUUUCCCCACCCGUACACCCAAACCAACCACCACACCACCUCCCCCUCCGAACUCCGCUCCCGCAUUGCCGAUGCCACCAUUCUUAUCGCCACCACCGUCAAACUCACCGCCGACAUCCUCCGCCCCUCCGUCACCCCGCGCCUCCGCCACAUCGCCGUCAUGGCCAGCGGCACUGACCACGUCGACCUCACGGCCGCCCAGGCGCGAGGGAUCCGCGUCACCAACACGCCCGGCGUGAUGAUGGAGGCGGUGGCGGAGCACGCGGUGGGGCUGUACUUCGCGGCGCGGCGGCGGAUCGUGCGGACGAUGGACCUGAGCGUGGGGCGGGCGACUGAGUGGAAGACGCGGGAGAGCGUGGCGGGGCGGAUGCACAUGGCGGAUGGGGGUGCGCCAUUGACGUGUCGGGAGGAGGUGGUGGGGGUGGUGGGGUGGGGGAAGAUUGGGCGGGAGAUUGGGCGGUUGAUGAGCGCGUUGGGAAUGAGGGUGGUGGUGGCGGGGAGAAAGGGCGCGACCGGGGGGGAGGUGGGGGAGGGGAGGGUGGAGUUUGAGGAAGUGUUGAGGACGUGUACAGUAGUGGUGUUGGUGGUGCCGAGGAAGAAGGAGACGACGGGGUUGAUUGGGGAGAGAGAAUUGGGGAUGAUGAGGAAGGAGGCGGUGAUUGUGAAUGUUGCGAGAGGUGGGAUCGUCGAUGAGGAGGCCAUGGUGAAAGCGUUAAGAGAUGGGACCAUUAGUGGAUACGCUACGGAUGUUUUUCGAGUCGAGCCGGCCGACGAAGAGGAUACGCCGAUCUUGAGCGAAGAGAUCAUUCGAAACGAGGGGUUGAAUAUCACGGCCACUCCACAUGUUGCCUGGUAUGGCGACAGUACGCAAAAGAACCUCAACAGGGUUCUAAAGGAGAACAUAGAGAAAUGGGUACGCGGGGAGGACCAGAACAUCAUUGUAUAA